GCUCAGCAAAAGGACAAGUCAAAUCAACUAAUGUUAAUUAGUUGAAGAGGAGGAGUGCUGGUCAUGUGUUUACUUUUAUAAUAUCAAAACAUGGAAGUUGUGUUGAUUCUCCAACCCUCUUAGGUUAUACAGAGCGCGCUAGACUGCUAAUGUAGGGAUUCAGUCUCAAAUUGAAUUUAAAGACAAUACAAGGAAAUAGGAAGCCCCUGUGCUGAUCCCGGGCUUCCAGAAGUUUGCCAGUCAAACAAACGGGCAAAGCUGGCUUGAUCUCAAUUCAAAUUUGGAGGAAGAUUGGCUCACUGGAAAUUAAACUUAAAGUAAUGGCAGAAGCAAUACCGUUGCGAGAAAAGAAGCAGAAAACGCUACCUCGAGCCGAUGGGUGUGGUCUGCAUAACGUUGAUGCUGUUGAUCUGCCUGGAGGGCUUCGAAUCGUCCUAGUGGGGAAGACUGGAUCUGGGAAGAGCGCAACAGGAAACACCAUACUUGGCCGAGCUGCCUUCAGAGAGGAUCCGAGCCCGGUGUCGGUGACCAAACACUGUGAGACGCAGAGCGGGGAAGUGGAUGGCACUGCGGUGCAGGUCAUUGACACGCCGGGCCUGUUUGACACGGCCAUCACGGAGGAAGAAUUAAAGUCAAGAAUUGAAGAAUGUGUCAAGAUGUCGGUGCCGGGCCCUCACGCCUUCCUACUCGUGAUCAGGCUCGGCGUGAGGUUCACCGAGGAGGAGAGAAAUGCUGUGAAGUGGAUCCAGGAUAACUUUGGCGAUGAUGCAUCCAUGUACACCAUCAUGCUAUUUACAUGCAAAGACCAGGCCAAAGCUGACAACGCCUUAAAGGAGUGCAAGGAGCUGCGUAGACUCUCCAUCACGUUCGGACGCAGAUAUCACGCCUUCAACAACAACGACGCAGAUGAUCGAGUCCAGGUCAAAGAGCUUGUUACCAUGAUCAAGGAAAUGAUACAAGACAACGGCGGGAAACAUUACACAAACGAAAUGUACGAGAAAGCCCAAAGCAAGCUCAGAGAGGAAGAAGAACGGAAGAAACAAGAGGAGGAAGAGAAGAAGGAGGAGGAGAGAAAAGUGUGGGAUGCGGAGAGGGAGAGGCAAGAGAGAGAGAAGGAAAAGAAGAAAAAGUCGAAAGGAAGGAACAUCCGUGUGGCCUCAGCGGCCGCCGUGGUGCUGGUGUUGGCUGGCAUGGUGAUCGCGGUGGGGGCCGAGACCACCGUGGCGCUGGCGCUUGGAGCGCCUACUCUACUCUUGGGAGUUUUAUGUGGCUUAGCUGCUCUUUGGUUUUGGAAAGGAAUUAGAUGCAAAGCUAAAUCAGAUUUUCCAAUAUAGAAGGAGGUCAGUGCCAAGGACAUGAUGCACCAUAUUCAGCAUGCAGUAUUUGUUUUGACUGUAAAUGAGUGAAGUAUGUUAUUUCGGCAUCAUCCAUUUACAGAAUUAAAUCCUUUUCACCGAACUACGCAACGACCUCGGGAUACGAACUCUCAUUUAAACUGUGAACGCUAUGAUAAUCCUCACCUUUAAGUUCGAGCAUGAAUCUAAAUAAAUGAACCACAUUACAGCAGCUUUA